CGGGAGGAGGGCCGGUGGGGCUAGAGGCGGAGUCGCCUCCCCUGCCGCGACUUUCAGACUCGAACCAUGGCCGCGCGCUGGUGGCGGUGGCGACACGGCUGUUCCUGGAGGCCGGCGGCGCGGAACCCCGGGCCGGGAUGUCCGGGCCGUGCAGGGUCGCUCGGGCCACGCGCCGCUCCCGACGGUCGCGCGCAGAUUCCCUAUUGUAGUCUUGUGAAGAAUUUAACACUUGCCUUUCCAAGUGUGCAUAGUAUAUCAAGGUUUUAUCACACGACACCAGCAGUGUUCUGCUGUAGUAAAACACAGAGUGGUGAGAAAUAUUCUGAUCCUUUUAAACUUGGUUGGAAAGACUUGAAAGGUCUAUAUGAGGACAUUAGAAAGGAAGUCUUCGUAUCUACCACAGAACUUAAGGAAAUGUCUGAGUACUACUUUGAUGGAAAAGGCAAAGGCUUCCGACCAAUUAUCGUGGUGCUAAUGGCUCGAGCUUGUAAUAUUCAUCAUAAUAACUCACGAGAUAUGCAAGCCAACCAGCGCUCCAUAGCCUUAAUUACAGAAAUGAUCCACACUGCUAGUCUGGUUCACGACGACGUUAUUGACAAUGCAAGAUCUCGAAGAGGAAAACAUACAGUUAAUAACAUCUGGGGAGAAAAAAAGGCUGUUCUUGCUGGAGAUUUGAUUCUUUCUGCAGCAUCUGUAGCUUUGGCAAGGAUUGGAAACACAACAGUUUUAUCUAUUUUAACUGAAGUUAUAGAAGAUUUGGUCCGUGGUGAAUUUCUUCAGCUAGGGUCAAAAGAAAAUGAGAAUGAGAGAUUCGCUCACUACCUUGAGAAGACCUUCAAGAAGACUGCAAGCCUCAUAGCCAACAGUUGUAAAGCAGUUUCUGUCCUAAGCUGCCCUGAUCCAGAGGUGCAUGAGAUUGCCUAUCAGUAUGGAAAGAAUGUGGGAAUAGCAUUUCAGCUCAUAGACGAUGUACUGGACUUCACCUCCUGUUCUGACAAGAUGGGUAAACCAACCGCUGCUGAUCUGAAGCUCGGCUUAGCCACUGGUCCGGUCUUGUUUGCUUGUCAGCAGUUCCCAGAAAUGAACGCAAUGAUAAUGAGACGGUUCAGUUUUCCAGGAGAUGUGGACAGAGCUCGACAAUAUGUCUUACAGAGUGACGGUGUGCGACAAACAACCUACCUCGCCCAGCGUUACUGCCAUGAAGCAGUAAGAGAAAUCAGUAAACUUCGAGCAUCCCCAGAAAGAGACGCCCUCAUUCAGCUUUCAGAAAUUGUACUCACAAGAGAUAAAUGACAAUUGUUUCUGUUCUUUCUGGCAGCUAUUUUACCAGACUGUGCCUAAAGAAUUUUGUGGAAUACAUUGCUUCAUGUGCACAUAACCAAAAAUCAUUUCCAAAAAUAAUUUCAACUUAUUGAUGGGCAAUUUUUUUUUAUUGGCAGUUUUUCAGAAAACUUUUUAAAUGUAAUUAAAUCACCUGAAUCUGUCAUUGUAGUUCUACACAUCCUAAUCGAGGUAUCUUGAUGGUUAUAUGUGGUAUUGUUUACACUGUUAAUAUCCACAUGUAAAGCCAUUACACAAAUAAAUAAUGUUAAAAUUCAAA